AAAUUCAUACACCUUUUCUUUCUUAGGUGCAUAAAUUAUAGUUUGUUAAGUGACCUACAUUUCCAAGUCAAAUAAAUAUAAAGCACAAUGUGGAUCUUCAUUUGAGUGUUUCUCUCUAAAUUGUCUUCUUUGUUGUCCUCUUGUUUUUGGUGGAUUAAUUGUACUUGCUUGUUCUACUCUAUGUAUCCUUUCUUACAUUUAUGUAGAAGAUACCAUAUCUCAUUGCUUUCCAGUGAAUAAUAUAGGUUUGAAGUGCUUCAUGAAUCCCGUAGUGGUGUCUCAUGAAUUCCAUCUGUAAAUAACAUAGGUUUGACGUUCUUGGUGUCUCAUAAAUUGUACUUGCUUGUUCUAUUCUAUGCAUCCUUCCUUACAUUUAUGUAGAAGAUAUUAUAUCUCAUUGCUUUCCAGUGAAUAACAUAGGUUUGAAGUACUUGGUGAAUCCCCAAGUGGUGUCUUGUAAAUUCUCUCUGUAGAUAACCAUUUUUCAGAAUGUUUGGUCUGGCUCUGGUCAGGAUGUUAUCCAAAGUAUGCAUGUUAUGGGAGGAUUAUAUCUUCUUAUUGCUCUUUGGUAGGUGUGUCAGUGGGCACCUGUUUCCUUGCCAUACUUGUCCAUAGAAUGGAGGAAUGGUUAAGAAUUUCAUAUUCUUUAAGAAAACAGGUAGGUUAAAGGGUAAGAAAUUCUUACUCUCCCCAUUUACCCAUAUACUCAUCCAGAUAAGGCGAAUUAAGUAAUUUUACACACACAUUUAGUCCGUAUACCCAUAUCUCAUUACAUCUAAUAUAUCCAGAUACACUCGAAUCUUAAGCCUGUAGCCCAUUUGGAAUCUCCAACCUGAAUGGUUAAGAGAGCAUUAUCGAGGCUUUACCUGCCUUGUUCACCCAUAAAGUAAAGGGAUCUUCUAGGGUGAGGAUAAAGAACCCCCACCCUUUCGAUGGUAAAGUCUAUGACCAUUACCCUGACCCUACUAUUUUUUUCAGUACGCCAAACAGAACUCAAAACAUCUAUACAUCUGCCUGUUUUGAGAAUGAUUUCCUUGAUUUGUGUGUUAAUUAACAGAGUCUGUCAGCAGCAAACAGAUGAGGCUUUGAUAAAUCUUGGAUGUCAAUGUCGAGGUGGGCUUGCAAAUGUGCACCUGUCCUGCAUAGAAAUUUGGUUUCGUACUAAAGGUUCAAAUAAAUGCGAGAUAUGCCAGCAAGUAGCUGUGAAUGUGCCACCCCCAGAAUCCCAGACAAAUUAUUGGGUUUGGAGGGUUGGACCAGCCUUUAGAGAGUCUAGUGUUGCACAAGGACGUGAAAGGGGUUGCUUCAAUCCACUAUGGGUGGCUUUCUCAAUACUUAUUGGGGGUCUCCUACUAGAUGUGCUGAUAUCCAUUUCCCUUGGUGUCUCUGCGCUGCCUGUGAACAUUAUAAUUGGUGUUCUCAUCGUACUAGGACUUGGAACUGCGCUUCGGCUUGCACUGGAGUGCUGCCAUGAGUGGAGUUUGAGAAGAGUUGUGCAAAGGGUGGAAACAAAUGUUGACGCAAGCUACCAUCCUGCGGUGUAGCCAAAUUUGUAAAUAAGAAAUGGGAAAAGGUUUCCCAUGCAGUCACUGUAUUGUACGCCCUUUUUUGUGUUUUUUCUUGUUCUCUUUCCACCCUUGACCAUGUGUAUCCAUGUAGAUGAUACGGUUUCCCCUACACUGGUGGUGUGGGGAACCUCUCCCGUAAAAAAAUUAAGAAUUAGAAAUUAAUGGGUGUUUUACUUUUUUUUUCCCCCCUUUCUUAUUUGCACUUGGCCUUUAUGGAAAACACCUCGCUCUUAAAUGAUUUGCUCCCUCCCCGUUCCUGGA